GAAAUCGUUUCUACUCCUGCGCCCGAGGAAUGAGGAUAGUGUGGUUGCCUGGAUACGGCCCUAUGGUAAGAGGGGCUCGGCCGCAAUCAUUCGGGAGUGAACUAACGCGCCGCCUACUGGCGUGGUAAAUGCUCCGUUUUUACUAUAAAAUAUCCAAAAGCCAUUAGUUUCCCACAUCCCUAGAACGUGGGAAAACCUGGUUUUCUCGAAACAGCUUGCGCCCUUCCUCCCCAAAACCCCAUUGCUUAUAUAUAUAUAUAUACCCCCGUACUACCAUAUCGCCAUUUCUCUCUUUCUCUCUCUCUCUCUUGGAAAGUUUAAACUGGAAGUAGUGGCUAGCAACAAUGCGGAUGAGCUGUAACGGAUGCAGGGUACUCCGGAAGGGAUGCAGUGAGAACUGCAGCAUCAGGCCGUGCCUUCAGUGGAUCAAGAGCCCCGAGUCGCAGGCCAACGCCACCGUCUUCCUGGCCAAGUUCUACGGCCGCGCCGGACUUAUCAACCUCGUCAACGCCGGCCCCGAACACCUCCGCCCUGCGAUCUUUCGAUCACUACUGUACGAGGCAUGUGGGAGGAUAGUGAACCCGAUAUACGGGUCGGUCGGGUUGCUCUGGUCAGGAACAUGGUCGCUCUGCCAUAACGCUGUGGAAGCCGUUCUAAACGGGGCUCCGAUAACCCCGAUAGCGUCCGAUUCGGCCGAGUGCCACAACGGGCCGCCGCUAAAGGCCUACGACAUCCGUCACGUCUCCAAGGAGGACAACUCAUCCGGGUCGAAAGACCUCCACCGGGUCAGGACCCGGUGCCGGUUCAAGAAGUCGGCCGCCAAGCCCAAUCCCAGCAGCCGCAAGUGCGACGCCGACUCGGGCCACGACGAGUUGAACCGGUCGACGAGUCACGACUCGUCUCUGAGUCACCAGUCCGAGGCGAACACCGUGGGCGGUGAGAGCCGGGAGGUGGCCUCGAUCGCGCGCCGCGCCGAGCCGGAGUCGGAGCGGGCCGAGGACGGGGAGGUUGAGCUGGAGCUGACUCUCGGGUUGGAGCCUGUUUCGCGAUCUCGGGGCGUGAGCGUCAAGGGAAAGACGUCGGAGCUGGGGUUUGAGUAGCCGGCGAGAUCGAUCGCGGUUUCCUUUCUGGAGUUUUUUGACGGCCAUGACCGUAAAAGUUUUUUGUUUUUGUUUCGUUUUUUUUUUUUUAAAUUUCUGCUGAGGAUUAGGUUUAUUAUUGGUUUAUGAUAUGGUUUGUUUUUUUUUGCUUCUUGAGGGUUUUUUGUGAAAAAAGCGACAUGUACAAAUGGGGAUGUUUACUAGACAAAGCAUAUGAAAUAUAUAUAUAGAAGGACAGAGAGAUUAUUAUCA